GGAAGUAUCUUCGGAUGCUCUACUUGUGUUUUCCGAUAGAAAACUCUUCACAUAAGAAACGGCGGAGUUGAAGAAGUUCGGCCCGGCUGCUGUGACAGGACGGCCGGCGGCGAGGAGGCCAGUAGCCGAGCCCCGGGACUGGAAGCAUGGGCCUCCUGGCACGGUUGCGGAAGGAGUGGUUCAUUAUCGGGAUAGUACUCGUCAUCUUAUCGGCCAAACUGCAGCCCAGCGUCGGUGUCAAAGGAGGUCCUUUAAAGCCAGAGAUCACCAUCGCCUACAUAGCGGUGUCGCUCAUCUUCUUCAACAGCGGCCUGUCUUUAAAAACCGAGGAGCUGACGAGCGCGCUGCUUCACGUCCGCCUCCACCUGUUUGUUCAGUCCUUCACGCUCGUUUUCUUCCCGCUCGCCGUCUGGCUGCUGCUCAGGGUGCUCGCGCUGACAGCCAUUGACCAAUGGUUGCUCAGAGGGUUACAGACAGUGAGCUGCAUGCCCCCUCCUGUGUCCUCCGCUGUUAUUCUCACUAAGGCUGUCGGAGGCAAUGAGGCUGCUGCUAUCUUCAACUCUGCGUUUGGAAGUUUUCUGGGAAUCGUGGUGACGCCGCUGCUGCUGCUGCUGUUUCUCGGCUCUUCGUCCUCCGUUCCCUUUUCUUCCAUCUUCUCGCAGCUCUUCAUGACGGUGGUAGUGCCUCUAAUCGUGGGUCAGGUGUGUCGUAGGUUCCUCAGGGAGUUCCUGGAGCGGCGGAAGCCUCCGUUUGGCGCCAUCAGCAGCGCCGUCCUCCUCAUGAUCAUCUACACCACCUUCUGCGACACCUUCAGCAACCCCAACAUUGAGCUGGACGCCACCAGCCUGCUGCUGGUCAUCCUCAUCAUUUUCUCCAUCCAGAUGAGCUUCAUGCUGCUCACAUUUGCCUUGUCCACCAGGCCCAGCUCAGGAUUCAGCCCUGCAGACACCAUCGCCAUCAUGUUCUGCUCUACACACAAGUCUCUCACUCUGGGUAUUCCCAUGUUACAGAUCGUCUUCGAAGGCUACGAGCACCUUUCCUUGAUCUCAGUCCCACUUCUGAUCUACCAUCCAGCUCAGAUCCUGCUCGGCUCCGUCCUCGUGCCGACCAUCCGGCGCUGGAUGACCAGUCGACAGAAGUCUAGUCUGUUGUUGAGAUAGGGUCCCAUUCCAACUCUUCUGUUUGUCCUGAGCGAUGAAGCUCUCGAUUCUUCAGCCCAUCUGACGGGGAUGAGACGGCAGCUUUGAUGGUGUAGACGUUGCUGUUACGAAAGCAGACGAUGGAGGGUUACAGUAGCUAGAAGUGCCUUAUUACCAGCCAACAAAGACCUCAUCGUGGCAGGAGCGAGAUGAACCCCUUGCCUUGAUAUUCUGUUUUUACAAUAACAAAGAACACACAUUUGCAUCAUAUAUAUCGUUUUAUAUUUAAAAGAAACAAAUGUUUUAUUUUUAUAUGAUGUAAAUUGAAAUAUUCAUGAAGGGGAAAAAGGACUUUUCUUUCUUUGAAAACAGCGUCUGAAAGCUGGAGUUACUGGGACCAUUCUGUUAUUUAUGAUGUUUUCUACUCUUGUUCGUCCAGAUGUGACUGCCAACAAGUAUCCUACUAAUUUACAGCAUCAUAACAUCUGGAUUUUAUUUUAGAGGAAGCUGUGACAUAGGUGAGGGAUGGUGGCAAAAGUAAGACAUGAACAUUAAACUCUGGGUUAACAAAGCUGUUUUCUUUUGUAAUACAAACAUUUAUGUCCCGAUUUCUCCACCACUUCCUGUCCUGUUUGGAUUUUAACCAACUAUGUGGUUGUGAGAUCUAACCUCUCUAUCAAGCAGCAUCGAAAUGAACAAAAAGGUAAUAAUGGAUAAAAAGCACAAAAUAUAACUUAAUAAUAAGUCAUUUGCAUAUAGAUGAAUAUUUAGUAUUUCUUAUAAUUACUCAUCUAUACGUCGAUGACUCUGAGUAAAUAAUGCAACAUUCUUUAAUUUAUUUUAAACUAUUGCUGGGCAACCAUUAAAGUUUUCAAUCCUGA